AUGCGUUUGUACCAUCUUCUAAUUGCAACUGCGGCUGCUCUUCUAGCCAGCAGCCACAACGAUGCUGCUUCCGCUGCCACCUGCCGAUACCGACCGUCAACUUCGACCGUCGCGGAUGCCCCCGUCACCUCCACGGGCUCGUCGUUCUCCUUCGACACCCCCACCAGUUCCUCCGAUGAAGAAGGCAACGAGGCCAGCGCUGCAGGCCCGGGAUCUCAGACGGCAACCGAUGCUCCAGUCUCCAAGCCAACCACGGAUGCUCCCACGACCGACUCCACAGAAGAGUCUUCGUCUGAGACUGAGACGGAGUCCUCGGCGUCUGCGGCUGCUACGCCAUCGGUUGCUACGAACUCGAGCAGCAGCACGACAUCCUCGGACAACUCGAAGCUCUGCGCGGAGCCGCGCGUGCGUAUCACGGAAGUGGAUCUCGGUGUCACGGUGGACGCGAACGAAGACGAAGUAAACUUGAAGGUCGUAGCCAUUUCUGCCCUCCCCUCGGGUGGAUCCCGGAUCGCCUUCCACAGCGGCGACGAUGUGGUUGUCCGCGAGCUGGACGAGAAUGACAAGCUGGUGAGCAGUUCUGCUGCUGUGAAAGUGCCGCUCCACGACUUCGCUGACAUUUACGCUGACAAGGAAGGUUUCGUGCUGCUGGGAACGAGAGACGCCGAAGGCGGUGGCACUUUGAACUGCGGUAGCCCGAGCAACUUGUGUGGUAGUGCCCCCAACCCAGCCGUACCCUGCUACGACAUGUAUCUCGUUCGCUAUGACGGUUCGAAGGAAACUUGGGCUACCAAGCUCACGUCCUCCAGCAAGUCGCUCCCACCGUACUCGUCAUCUGCCAGCGGUCCGGACGUGUACAUGAUCUGGUGGUACGCGCACCACGGUCGUAUCGCCUCGGACGGCACGAACUGGGCUGCAUACUUUGGCUGCGCCAUCUCCACCUCCGAAGGUGGCUGUAUCAACAUCCACCAGGGUGAUCGCAUGAAAGUUGUGGAUCCGUCCGGUAAGAUUGUGACGCAAGCUGAUUCCUUCGACUGGGGCUGUUCGCACUCGGGCUACGAGCGUAUCACGUACGAUAGCCGUAAGAAGGGGUACGCGUCAAUCUGCAAGACGGACAGCAACAACCGCAUCAUGCCGCCGAACGACUGGAGCACGACCAUCUACCCAGUAGACCUCGCUGCAGCCAACCUAGGAGAUAUCGUCCCGGACAGCGAGUCUUCAAGCAAGAAGUACUGGGCCACCGUCAGCAACGGAGAAGGUGACAACGCCAAGGUGCACCUCAUCCACUUCGCUAUCGACGCUGCGGCCGACGACGACAUCACGCUUGGAGGGACGGAUGCCAACGAGCGUGCCCCUCACCUCGCUGAGAUCGGUGACGGCGGGUUGCUGGCCAUGUGGGAAGGCAGCUCCUCGGGCGGUGAUCUUGCAGAAGGCGGCGACCGCACCAUCUACGCCCAAGUGCUGGAUGCGUCGUCGGGCAAGGCAAUCAGCAGCAAGGUGACGGUGGACAAGUCGGUGGUGGGUAACCGGUACCAGGCUCUGAAAAGCUUCCCGGACGGCAGCGUUGCGUACUUGUCGAAGGGUACGACCGACACGUCGGUGCAGGUCGUGCGCUUCUUCGGCUGUUAA